CUCCCUCCCUCCUUCCCUCUUCCCUCCCUCUCCCGCUGCCUCUCCGUGUUUGCGUUCGACAAAGAAAUGAUUUGAGCUCGGCGGAGCCGCGGCGCAGAGCGAUCCCGAGGCGCUGGGGACCAUAUGGAUGUGAUUUGUGCCGCUCUCGCCCAGAUGCCCGCGGCCAUCCGGCGGCACCGGGAGCUGCGGCGCUGAGCGGCUCCGCUCCUCCGCCUCUCCUCCGCCUCCCAUGGGCUCCUCGGCGCGGCUUCGGGAGCUGCCCGCCACCCCAGCCAUGAGAAAACGAGCGAAAGGACCGGGCUUUCUUGUCAUGUGCCUUUCUGGCUGAAAGCUGGGGAGCCGAGCGAGCCAUCCCGCAGCUUCUGCGGCGGGCGGGGGGACGGCACGGAGGGAGAAGGAGAAAUCAGCGCCGCUGGAAGAGCUCUCGUCCUCCUCCCGCUUCCCUGGAUGCUGGAAGCAGCCCCUUGGAUAUGGGAUCAUAUCUGGUUUAUCACAGCCUGGGAUUGAUCCUCUGCUGCUCCGUGCUCAGUUCCGUCUACGCGCUGGUGGAUGCCGACGAUGUCAUCACCAAGGAGGAGCAGAUCUUCCUCCUGCUGAAGGCCAAGGCCAAGUGUGAGCGCCACCUCAAAGCCAAGGUGCCCAAGGUGCACGAUGGGUUCUGCCUGCCAGAGUGGGAUGGCAUCGUCUGCUGGCCCGAGGGCGUGCCCGGCAAGGUGGUGGCCAUGCCCUGCCCCGAGUACAUCUACGACUUCAACCACAAAGGCCACGCUUACCGCCGGUGUGACCUGAACGGGAGCUGGGAGCUGGUCCCGGGCAACAACCGCACCUGGGCCAACUACAGCGAGUGCGCCAAGUUCCUCACCAACGAGACCAGGGAGAGGGAGGUCUUUGAUCGCCUCUAUUUGAUUUAUACUGUCGGAUACUCCAUCUCCCUGGGAUCCCUCACAGUUGCUGUCCUUAUCCUGGGAUAUUUCAGACGUUUGCACUGCACUAGGAACUACAUCCACAUGCACCUGUUUGUGUCCUUCAUGCUGAGGGCCGUCAGCAUCUUCGUGAAGGAUGCGGUCCUGUACUCCGGCUCGGCCCUGGAGGAGAUGGAGCGCAUCUCCGAGGAAGACUUGAAAUCCAUCACGGAAGCACCUCCAGCCGAUAAAUCGCAGUUUGUGGGCUGCAAAGUGGCCGUCACYUUCUUCCUCUACUUCCUGGCGACAAAUUACUUCUGGAUCCUGGUGGAAGGGCUCUAUCUGCACAGCCUCAUCUUCAUGGCCUUCUUCUCAGARAAGAAAUAUCUCUGGGGGUUCACCUUGUUUGGCUGGGGGCUCCCUGCUGUGUUUGUCACAGCCUGGGCCAGCGUCAGAGCCGCGCUGGCCGACACCGAGUGCUGGGAUUUGAGCGCUGGCAAUCUGAAGUGGAUAAUUCAGGUGCCCAUCCUGGCAGCUAUCGUGGUAAAUUUUAUUCUUUUCAUCAACAUUAUCCGAGUCCUGGCAACCAAGCUCCGAGAGACGAAUGCGGGGAGGUGCGACUCGAGGCAACAGUACAGAAAGCUGCUGAAAUCUACCCUCGUCCUCAUGCCUCUGUUCGGCGUUCACUACAUUGUUUUCAUGGCUAUGCCAUACACAGACGUGUCAGGGAUUCUUUGGCAAGUUCAAAUGCACUAUGAAAUGCUGUUCAACUCUUUCCAGGGAUUUUUCGUUGCCAUCAUAUACUGUUUUUGCAAUGGAGAGGUCCAAGCAGAAAUAAAGAAGUCAUGGAGCAGGUGGACUUUAGCCCUUGACUUUAAAAGGAAAGCGCGGAGUGGGAGCACAACCUACAGUUAUGGACCAAUGGUGUCCCACACCAGCAUCACAAAUGUAGCCACGAGAGGGGCACUGGCCCUGCACCUCAACACGAGACUUAUCCCAGGGACCCUCAACGGCCACCGCAAUUUGCCGGGUUAUGUGAAAAAUGGCUCCAUUUCGGAGAACUCCAUGCCUUCCUCCGGCCCGGAGCAGUACAACAAGGACGAGGAAUACCUGAACGGCUCCGGGCUCUACGACGGGGACAGGCCCACAGUCCUCGUGGAGGAGGAGAGGGAGACGGUGAUGUGACCAGAGGAGGGGAGAAAAAAUCCAGCCGGAGGAUGGGAAAGGUUCCUGGAGAGCAUUUAGUGGGAAGAGACCACCGGGCCACGCACGGAUUCCGAGGGUUUCCAUGCAGAGUCUCUGUUCUGUGGAAUGAGAGGUUUAAGUUAUUCGGGGAAAAAAAAGCGAGUGGYCGAUGUGGCCAGCGGGCAACCCCAGCCCUGGACUCCGCCAUCCACGUUUUCCUGGUGAUAACAGAGCCGGGGCUCUCCAGACCUGCUGGACACUGCUGGACACCAGAGAUCCCACCAGGGAGGGCUCCAAGCCCCACGUGGUCCUUGGAUCCCUUGGAGAACAUGGGCGGCCAGGGAGGGCGGGAACAUCCCUGGGAAAGCGGGAGUCGUGCAGGAGGCUCCGGUGCCACUGUCCUGGCAGAGGACGAGCCAGCCUGGGUGCCGGUGGCAGGGUUGGGUUUGUCCCUGCCUGUGAGCCUGUGUGGUGACACACACAGGGCCAGGCAAGGGCCCCUGACCCGCUGGCCAAAGGUCUUGUUGGUACAGCCAAUCCCAUGGUCUUCUUCCAUUGGGAAUUCUCACUCCUUCGCCAAAAGCCCCACUGGGAUGGGGAGGGUUAACAGCAAUGGAUGYAGGCAGAAAUUCUCCUCUCGUUUCCCAGAGUCCCAGGGAUAGGAAGCAGUGCAGUUUUAGGGUGGGGAAGGAGGUAAUGGGAAUAUGUAACAUUCUUGUACUUCCACGUGCGGCAGCGGAGCAGGAACCACCGAGGGCACAGCACUGGCAGAUCACAGCAAGUGUUUGUGGCUGAAAUCAGUUCCCAGGGUGGAGAACCCAGCCCUUCCUUUCCAUGGGUGCUCCUGCAAAGCCUCUUCAGUCCUUCUUUAAACCUUAGAAUUGUUCCUCAUUCUGCCCCCUGAAUGUCCUGUUCCACAGGAUCAUGGAAUCCUGGGACGGUUUGGGUUGGAGGGACCUUAAAGCUCAUCCAGUGCCACYCCUGCCAUGGGCAGGGACACCUUCCACUGCCCCAGGGUGCUCCAAGCCCCAGUGUCCAGCCUGGCCUUGGACACUGCCAGGGAUCCAGGGGUAUCCACGGUUUCUCUGGGUAAAUAAUCCAAACCCUAAUGAGGAGCAAGGCUCCAUCAACAGCACCCAACUGCUCUUCUGAGGAGUCAUGAAGGAAUAACUUCCCCAAACUCUGGARGGAGUCAGGAAGAGUGGGUGGGAUCCUGACUCUGUGUCCCAAAUCUUUAUCAGAUUAGGGCCUGACCAAAGUCCAGUGGAAUCCAGGGAAAAAUCUCCUCCYUUUGACAUCUCUGAGGUUUGGAUUCACACUGAAUGGCUGAGAGGUUCUGUCAGGAGCUGGAGCUGCUCCCCAGCAGCUGCAAAUCACAGAAUCCCAGAAUCCCAGAAUCUCUGAGGUUGGAAAAGCCCUCCAAGAUCAUCAAGCCCAUCCUGUGCCCGAUUCCCCCCAAAGCCCUGAGUGCCAUGUGCAGGAAUUCCUCAGACACCUCCAGGGAUGGGGACUYCAACCCUCCCUGGGCAGUUCUAACUCCUGAGCACCCUUUCCAURGGGAAAUUCCUGCUGAUGUCCAGCCUGACCCUUCUCUGGUACAACUUAGAGCUGUUCCCUCUCCUCCUCUGUAGAACUCUUUGAAAUUCAGUAUUUAUUUGUUCUUUUCUUGUUUUGCACCAUUAAAAGAAGUCGAAUCUGACCGCAACAAUUUCCCACCCAAUACCAGUUAUCAAAAUAUCAAAUUUCCAAAGAUUCAUCCAUUUUCCUGCUCUCUUCCUCUGCCCCUCCCGAUUUUCUUGCUCAAAGACAUUUUUGAGUUAUCAUUUCACUGCUGGAACAAAGCAAAAAYACCAAAACAGCCCCAGCCAGUGACUCAUGAUUUGCUCGUGUUUAUUGCUCAACUCAGGAUUGAGAACGUUCAACAAUCCCUCAGAAAUUCAAGGAAUCGGCAAAAGCCAUAAAUUUAUUUAUGAACAAACACAACCCCCCUCAUAAAAUGCAGCCCUGACUGAAAUGCAUUCAGCACUGGAUUAUUGAGAAUUAAAAUAAAUAAACACGGUUGGUAAAUGUAGAUAAAAAUUACAGGYAUGAGGUUGUGCAACGGGAAGAAUUUUUUUCAAUUAUUUUCAUUGCAAAUGAUAUAGAAUGGAUUUUUUUUUUCUGGAUGUUUUUGUGCGUGAGCACAACAUCUGUGCAAAACUUGGGAAAAUGCUGACACCAAAACAGAGGGAAAACUGCCACUGAGGCACAGCAGGAUUUGUUUGUCAAAGCCCAUUCCCAUCAUUCCUGGGCCGAUCCCAAACUCUGGAUUGAGUGCAUGGAUCAGGAGCUGUUAUCCAGAGAUACAGGGUCAUCCCUCCCUGAUUUUCCUGAGGAAACAUCAGAGCUGGGAUGGCUGGAAAGGGUUAAGAAACCCCAGAUUCUGGAUGUGAUUUGCCCUGGAAAGGCAAACUGAAUGGUCCUGUCACAGGUUAGUCAGAGCCUUUGGAUUCCCAGUAGGCUCCUCUUCCCUUCCCCCAUCACCAGAGGACAUUUCCCAAGGAGAAUUUAUCCCCAUCCAAAGGUCUGAGUCCACCUGGGAUGRCAAAUCCUCUCCUGUCUGAUUUUCCUGUGGGAACCCAGCCCUGAAGGCUGGAAAUGGAAUUGGAAUUGAAAACCUGGGAGGGGAGGAUCCGUUUGUCUGGGAUUCCUCCACUGCCCUCUGCAAAUCCUACAGGAAUGGUAGGGCUUGUGCCCAUCCCAGUCCAGAUCCAACAUGGGAUCAUGGAGCGAAGGGAGCAGAUUGGGGUUGGGGGGCAGCAAACACAGCAUGGGAUCGUUCUCACGGGGUCAUUGUCACAGGGUCAUUGUCACGGGAUCAUUCUCAUGGGAUCAUUCCCAUGGGAUUGUUCUCAUGGGAUCAUUGUCACAGGAUCAUUCUCAUGGGAUCAUUUCCUUGGGAUCGUUCUCAUGGGAUCAUUCUCAUGGGAUCAUCCCAGAAUGAGCUGGGGUGGAAAGGACCUUAAAGCCCAUCCAUUCCAUGGGCAGGGACACCUUCCACCAUCCCAGGCUGCUCCAAGCCCUGUCCAGCCUGGGAAACACAGAGACUUUCCCACAUUCACUACAUGGAGCAGGCAAAGCUCCAAAGGAGCUGUUCCCUGUUUUAUUCCUGGUUUUCCCUCCUUUGUGUCAGACUUGUACCCAUUUUGCUCUCAUCCUCGAAAAUAUCUGGCAACGCUCCAGAGGCCUAUGGACUCUCUCACUUGCUCAGGCUGUGCUCUGCAGUAUCCUGGUUCCCAUGGAAUCUCUCUGGAAUCUUUUGGAUUGGUGUCCUCCAGCGCCACAGAGACGUUGGRCUUGGGCAGGGAAUCACCCCUGGCAGGUUCUCCUUGUGCCUCCAUAGCAGAAGAGUUUUCCUCUUGAUUCCUUGCUCCAUGAUCCCCCCUUUUUCUGGAUGGACACAGCUGUUAAAUCUUCCUUUCAUUUCUUUAGGAUGAGUUUUGGCAGCAGCUUUGUCAUUCCUGCUUCUCCUGGGUGAGUGCAGCCAAACGUUUUCCUGCUCCUCCAUACUCCUUGGUCCUGGUUCAGAUGAGCUCACGUCUUGUCCCAUCCCUCAUCGUUCCUCAGCUCUGCUCCUUGGCUUGUUUGGGAGCCAAAGGAGCUCACGAGGAUCUCCCAAAAUCCAACUUCUCAGCCAGGGAUUGGCUUUGUUUAUCUGUUUAUGGGCAGUCAGCCGGAGGUCAUGGAACAUCCACAGCACCAGGGAGAAUUUUCCAGUUUUUAGACCACAAAAAUACAUGGAGAGGGAAGAGCUCCAAUUCUUUAAUUCCUGUUUGUUGUCUUGACAAACUCAGCGGCUGAAAGGUCUCUUAAUUUCAGGUUCUGAUGUUUCAAAAAGUUAAGAAACUUCAUUUAUCAGUUGGGUUCCUUUUUUACACAUAUUCCUUGGUGUUUCCAGGUCCUCCUUGAUUCUUCCAGAUCCUCCUUGGUGUUUCCAGGUCCUCCUUGGCGUUUCCAGGUCUUCGUUGGUGUUUCCAGGUCCUCCUUGGCCAUUUCAAGCUCAGGGACAUCAAACAAACUUUGCUGAGAAAGAAAUCCUUCAGAUGAACUUCCCUUACUGAUUAAUCCCAAAUUAAUUUGCUGCCCAGGCCUAAAACAGUCUUUGAUAAAUCUCCUCAUCUUGGUCCUUCUUACCUCAGAGCUGAUAGACAUCGUUACUGGCYGAUUCUUUGUCUGUAGGAAGUUUUGGAGGUUUUGGAGCAGGGAUUUUCUCCUGGGAAUCCUUUUCCACACUUCAAUUCUUUUUUCCAAACUGUCCCUCCAAAACAACCCUCAACUUAUUUAAAUCACUUCAAUCAGCAUUUUGUUUUCCCUUUUAUCUUGAUGCAAAUUCAGCAGGGAGGGGAGGGUUUAUGGUUCAGAGCCAAUCUCAGCUGGCAGCUGCCAAACCAAUCCAGAGCUCUGGGAUGGGAAUGUGAUUUCUUGGGUCACCUGGGUCUCAUUGUACCCAUCAUACCUGGGGCAGAGUUCAAGAACCCASAGGUGGGAGGUGGCUCUCCAACAGUCGGGAAUCCUGGUGGAUUUAUGGGAAAAGGGCACAGAGAGCAAGGAAAAAACACUCCUCGUGUUUAUGCCACACUCGAGAAGGAUUUCAAACAAUAAAAUAGAAAUUUUAAGUGAUUUUUGUUGAUUUUCUGGGGUCCUGCUGAGUGCUCUGCUGGGGUCUGGGCAGUGUCUGGAAUUCUGGCUUUUCCCAGCUCUCUGAGCUGGAUAAAACCUCUCAGAGGCAACGAUGUUCCGAGCUGGGCUCCAGGGCAGAGCAGUUGGAAGCAGCUGCAAUGUGGAUUUGACAUUCCUUGGCAGAAGCUGCUCGGCAGAGGGGAAUUGGGUGAACUCAGAGCAGCGAAAAGGCAAAACAGCUCUGGAGCAAAAGCACAGCUCAGGGUUCGCGCCCAAUUGGCAGAAUGGAUCCCAAAUCCAGCUCCAGAAAUGCUCUGCUGGGAUUUACAGACCAGCCUUGGUGUUGGGAUUAAAUCCAAGGACACCCAAGGAUCAGCUGGACAUUAAAUGACCUCAUUUGUCCUUUCCUUUUUCCUGGAAUU